AUGCCGCCACGAAUAGCUGACGACGAGUACGUCGACGACGGGGCCGACGCCUACGAUGCCGAAGACUUUCUCGACGACGAUGACAGCGGCGACGAGUACCGUGCUGCUCCAUCACUACCCAAGCUCGGAACAUUACGCGGCGCUGCAUCGCGGCCUUCGGCUAACUCCAACGGCCGAGCUGGACCGUCCAACGCUGCCGCGGCAUCAUCGUCUUCAAGCACCGCUGCUCGAGUCAAAGCAGCAGCAGCCGCCAAAUCCAAGCAGAAAGACCAAGGAUACUCCUGGGAAGCCACAUACAAGCGAUCAUGGGAUGCUGUCGCCGAAGACGACUCUGGCUCGCUCGAAAGUGCCGUCCGCUCAAUGAUCGAAGGGUCCAAACGUCGCCGAGUGCUCAAAGAUGUAGCGCCCGUUCAGCGCGGUAUCAUCCGACACCUGGUACUUUUGGUUGAUCUUUCCGCUAGCAUGCUCGAGAAGGACAUGCGACCGAAUCGCUUCGAUGUGACGCUCCAGUAUGCGCGCGAGUUUGUCGGCGAGUACUUCGAUCAAAAUCCCAUCGGCCAACUCUCGAUCAUCGGCACGCGCUCCGGCAUCGCAGAACGGCUCGCGAUGAUGGGAGGCAACACCGUAGAUCACACCGCAUCCCUGUCCAACAAGCGAAGGCUGGAGCCGAGGGGAGAGCCAUCGCUUCAGAAUGCGCUCGAGAUGGCUAGGAGCAGCUUGGUGCAUCUGCCGGCGUCCAACUCGCGAGAGAUCCUGGCGAUAUUCGGAAGCUUGACCACGUGCGAUCCGGGAAACAUCCACGACACCAUCGGUACGCUGGUCAAGGACAACAUUCGAGUGUCGAUCGUGCAUCUGGCUGCAGAAGUCAAGGUGUUCAAGGACGUGUGUACGCGGACGGGCGGUACGUUCAGUGUAGCGUUGAACGAGGGGCAUUUUCACGACUCGUUGUUCGAGCUAGUUCCUCCACCGGCGGUCGAGGGCAGAGCGAGGCGGGUCAAGGGACGCAAUGGAGUUAGCGCGACGAAUGGUGUACAGAACGGGGAUGACGAGGACGACGAAGCGGUGCAAGCAGGAGUGGAUUUGUUGCAGAUGGCUUUCCCGCUACGUCUCCCCGCCCACGCAGCUCCCACGCUAUGCGCGUGCCACUCGCGCUCCCGCGGAAGCGGCUACCUCUGCCCGCGCUGCGGCGUCAAAGUCUGCGACGUGCCCACAGACUGCCCCGUGUGUGGCAUCACCAUCGUCAUGUCGACGCACCUGGCGAGGUCGUACCACCAUCUGUUCCCCGUGCCGAACUGGAAGUCGGUACCGUGGACCUCAGUGACGCUGGAUUCGGCGCCGGCGUGCUUCUCGUGCAACCUGCCGUUCCCGACGCUCCAGGAGGGGAGCGAGAGGAGCGCAGCGGCCAACAAGGCGUUGGAGGAUGCGGGGUUGUCGGCCAGCUCGAGAUUCACGGCAGCAGCCCACCCUUACAAUGCUCACAAUGAUUCAACACGCUGCGUAUCGAGCGCAAUCCACAGCAAGUAA